AUGGAGGCGGAAUCCAACUUCACUCCUCCCGCCCCAAUCCGAAUCCGCCUGUCUCGCCUCCUCCUCCUCAUCAAGGCUCCGCCGUUUGCCGUCUGGGUCGCUUUGCCGUCACUCCCGGCGCGGACGCCACGAGAAUAUUAUUUAUUCUUUAGUUUGGCGUUUUGCUUUGGCUGUUGGCUGUCGUUGCGGCGUUAGUUUUGUUUGGAGCGAGUUUUGUUGUCGCCGUCGUCGCCGUCGUUUGUGGAAAUCUUUAACCGGGGUCUCGGCAUAGAGAGAUUAGGGUGGGCGGUUGAAGAGGGCGGCGGGGGGGUGGUGGUGGUGGUGGAAGUCGACGAUGGACGAGGCGGAGAAGAACGGCGCUUUGCCCGCCGAGGUGAGGGCGCAGUUGGCGGAGCUCCAUCGAGAGUUUGCCGAAGGUGACCUCACGAGGAAAGGAUAUGAGAAAAGAAGACAAAAGCUGCUCUCACCAUAUUUAUCGAAAGUAUCAGGUGGCUCGAGCACGGAGAAGCUGCCGAUGCCGAGCCCAAGGCUUAGUCCGGCCCCGAGCCCGGGUCCUCCGGCCUCCCCGCAGGACUGGCAGAAGCAGGGCGGCCACGCGGACGAGAGCUGCCAGUCAGACGCGCACGUGGCAGCCGUGAAAGCGGCGCUGGCGAAGCAGGGAGAGGCGCAGCUCAUUCUGCCCAUGCCCUCCAAGCGGCCGGCUGCUGCCCCGGGGCAUUACAGAUCGGAGAUGCCCCAGCAAGGGCCCUUGCAGAGUCCUGCCGGUCACACACGCAUUGGCGUCAACGUUCUGGCAGACUUCAAGUCGCCCUCACUCCCAGAGAGCCCCUCCCCGCAGCCUGACAUCACCAUCAACCCCCCACGCACAUUUCACAUCGAGAGGCCGCAGGUGGUUCCUUUCCGAGAGCAGCAGAAGAUUCAGAGUGAAGAGCGGACCGAGUCCGGGAACGGAGCCGUGAGCAACAGCCACGUGUCGUCCAAAAUCCAGCAGCUCCUCAACACGUUGAAACGACCCAAACGGGUGCCAGUCAAGGAGCUCUACACCGACGAUGAGGACAUGCUGGAAGUUCCGGUCCAGGACCCGAACCGACCCCGGCCGGAGGGUGCGGAGAUGAUCCCGGUGCAAGGAGAGCCGCUCGGGGUGGUGAGCAACUGGCCGUCGGCACUGGAGGCCGCUCUGCAACGUUGGGGGAUCCAAUCGGCCAAGGCACCUUGUCUCACCGCCCUCGACACCAACGGGAAAGUGCUCAACACGCUCGCAUACGGAAAACUGUUCAGUAAAAGUCGUAAAAUGGCCUUCACGCUCUUGAACAAGCUGGGCACCAAACAAGAUCAACUCCUGAAGCCCGGUGACAGGGUCGCGCUCGUUUAUCCCAACAGCGACCCCAUCGCCUUCACGCUGGCGUUCUACGGCUGCCUCCUGGGCGGCCUGGUGCCCGUGCCCAUUGAAGUGCCGCUCACAAACAAGGACACGGGCUGCCAACAGAUCGGGUUUUUGCUGGGCACCUGCGGCGUGACCGUGGCUCUGACCAGCGAGCUGUGCCACAAGGGGCUUCCCAAAACUCCUGCUGGCGACAUUUUCCAGUUCAAAGGCUGGCCCAAGCUGCACUGGUUCGUGACCGAUUCUAAGAAUCUCUCCAAGCCGUCCAAGGACUGGAUGCCCCAGAUGCGCGACGCCAAUGAAGACGCUGCCUACAUCGAGUACAAGACAAGCAAGGACGGCAGCGUGAUGGGCGUCGCUGUGAGCCGGGUGGCAAUGCUGGCGCACUGCCACGGCCUGACGCAGGCGUGCGGAUACACCGAGGGAGAAACUCUUGUCAAUGUGUUGGACUUCAAGCGGGAGGCCGGGCUGUGGCACGGCAUCCUCACGGGCGUGAUGAACAUGAUGCACAUCGUGUGCGUGCCCUACACGCUCAUGAAAGCCAACCCCCUGUCCUGGAUACAGAAGAUCCACGCCUUCAAGGCAAAGUUGGCGUGCGUCAAGUCUCGGGACAUGACCUGGGCUCUCAUGGCCUUCAAGGAGCAGAAGGAUCUAGCCCUUGGCUCUCUGAGGAUGCUGGUGGUGACGGACGGCGCAUACCCAUGGUCCGUGGCGACUUGUGAGGCUUUCGUGAAGACGUUCCAAGGCAGGGGCCUGCGACGUGAGGCCGUGUGCCCCUGUGCCUGCUCACCCGAGGCCCUCACUGUAUCCAUGCGCCGGCCCUUGACGGAGGGAGGCUCUGGGUUCCCUCCGCCCGCCCACUCCUCCCUUGCGCUUUACGGCCUGAGCUACGGCGUCAUUCGCCCGGCGACGGACGUCUCGCAGUCCGCGCUCGCCCUGCAGGACGUCGGCAACGUCAUGCCCGGAGCGAUUGCGUGUGUGGUGCGGCCCGACGGGCCUCCACAGCUGUGCCGCGAGGACGAGGUCGGAGAGAUCUGCGUCCGCUCUCAGGCCACGGCCGCCUCCUACUACGGCCUUGCCGCCAUAACCAAGAACACCUUCGAGGUGUUUCCAGUGAAUGUUGUGGGAGCUCCGUUCUGCGAGCAUUCCUUCGUCAGGACAGGCCUGCUUGGUUUUGUGGGAGCGGGUGGACAGGUGUUUGUGGUGGGUCGCGUCGAGGGGGUGAUGACAGUUGGCGGACGCCGCCACAGCGCCGAUGACCUCAUCGCCACUGCCCUGGCCAUCGAACCGAUCAAGGUGGUCAACCGUGGCAGGAUUGUGGCUUUCUCGGUAACCAUCCUACGGGACGAGCGAGCUGUGCUCGUCGCAGAACAGCGGUCCCAGGCCUCCGAGGAGGAGUCGUUCAAGUGGAUGAGCCAGGUCAUUCAGGCUGUCGACACCAUCCACCAGAUGGCGCUCUACUGCGUGGUGGUCGUACCGGAGAACUCGCUGCCCAAGCUCGCGCUGGGCGGCGUCGACCUGUUCGAGACGCGGCAGCGAUUCCUGGAGGGCACCCUGCGCCCGUGCGGGGUGCUCAUGUGCCCGCACGCUGCCAUCACCAACCUGCCGCGGCCCCGCGAGAAGCAGCAAGAGAUGGCACCGGCGAACAUGAUGCUUGGAAAGCUAGUGACCGGGAAGAGGAUCGCCGAGGCUAUUGGUCGAGACCUGGGCCAGAAGGACGAUGACCAAGCCAGGAAGUUCCUCUACCUGUCGGACGUGCUUCAGUGGAGGGCUCAGACUUCGCCGGAUCAGAACCUCUUCACGCUCCUCAAUGCCAAGGGCGCGGUGGCCUCCACGAUGACAUGUGUACAGCUGCACAAGCGUGCGGAGAAGGUGGCCGUGCUGCUCACGGAGAAGGGCAAGCUGAGCAAAGGAGAUCACGUGGCGCUGAUCUACCCGGCCGGCCUGGACCUGAUAGCGGCGUUCUUCGGCUGCCUGUACGCGGGCUGCGUGCCAGUGACAAUACGACCGCCAACGCCGCAGAACCUGUCCACAACGCUCGCCACCGUCAAGCUCAUCGUCGAGACGAGCAAGUCUGUGUGCGUGCUGACCACGCAGCUGCUCAUGAAGCUGAUCAAGUCGAAGGAAGCUGCUGCAGUUACCGACUCUAAGGUCUGGCCCCCGAUGAUUGAUACGGACGAAUUGCCCAAGAAGAAGCUGUUUCAGAUCUACAAGGCACCCACACCGGAGAUGCUGGCUUACCUUGACUUCAGCGUCUCCACCGUCGGGAUGCUGGCAGGAGUCAAUAUGUCGCACGCGGCAGCCAGCUCGCUGUGCCGCUCAAUCAAGAUCCAGUGCGAGCUGUACCCGUCCCGUCAGAUCGCCCUCUGCCUCGACCCCCAUUGCGGCCUGGGGUUCGUGCUGUGGUGCCUCUCCGGGGUGUACGCCGGGCACCAGUCGGUGCUCAUACCCCCUGCGGAGUUGGAAGCGAACCCGGCCGUGUGGCUGUCAGCCGUGAGCCAGUACAAGAUCCGAGACACGUUCUGCUCCUACUCGGUCAUGGAGCACUGCACGCGCAUGCUCAGCACGCAGACCGACGCGCUCAAGGCCCGCGGGGUGAACCUGUCGGGCGUGCGCACGUGUGUGGUUGUGGCGGAGGAGCGGCCCCGCAUCGCGCUCGCCACCUCCUUCUCCAAGCUCUUCAAGGACCUGGGGCUCUCCCUCCGAGCUGUGGGGGCCACCUUCGGCUGUCGGGUCAACCUUGCCAUCUGCCUGCAGGGCACAUCUGGUCCUGACCCAACCACGGUCUACGUCGAUAUGAGAGCUUUAAGAAAUGACAGGGUGCGUCUGGUGGAAAAAGGUUCGCCACACAGCUUGCCCCUAAUGGAGUCUGGAAAGAUCUUACCUGGAGUACGCGUGAUGAUCGUGAAUCCAGAAUCCCUCGGUCCACUGGGAGAUUCGGAUCUGGGAGAGAUAUGGGUUCAGAGCCCGCACGGGGCGAGUGGGUACCACUCAUUUGUGGGCGACGCCUCGCUCAUCGCGGGUCACUUCGACGGGCGGCUCAGGGUGGGCGACACCCAUGCCGUGUGGGCCCGCACCGGCUACCUGGGCUUCUUGCGACGCACGGACCUCACCGACGCAAACGGAGAGCGUCACGACGCGCUGUACGUGGUGGGCUCGCUGGAGGAGGCCAUGGAGCUACGCGGAAUGCGCUACCACCCCGUGGACAUUGAGGCCUCCGUGCUGCGAGCUCACAAGAGCAUCACUGAGUGUGCCGUGUUCCCCUGGAAGAACCUGCUGGUGGCCGUGGUGGAGUUUGGGGGCCUCGAGCAGGAGGCGCUGGACUUGGUGGCGCAGGUGACGGGCGCGGUGCUGGAGGAGCACUACCUGGUGGUGGGCGUGGUGGUGCUCGCCGACCCGGGCACUGUGCCCAUCAAUUCGCGCGGCGAGAAGCAGCGCAUGCACCUGCGCGACGGCUUCCUCGACGACAAGCUCGACCCCAUCUACGUCGCGUACAACAUGUGAGCGAGGCGCGCGGUGCGUGGCGGGCGGGACGAAGGCGACAGACAGAUGCGCCACCCGAGAGACUUUUAGUUUUAGGUAAAGUGAGUGCUGGGGGAAUUUAGGGAUUCUUGACGGUUUUAAUAGAAAGGUUGACAAUGAUGAAGGGAUGCGCGAUCGGGUGGAAAACGAAUUUCGGUUAUGGUUGGGACAGUGAAGGUAUGGCCUUGGCUUUAGAGGCCCAGACAGUGAAGGUAUGGCCGUGGCUUGCAGGCCCACCGGGAUGGCUGGGUUGGGAUGGAGAGCAGUGGUGGAUCGCUUGUCCCCGUAAAUGUUCACCGUUUGUGUUUAGUCAGUGCCUCAUUCACCCCAUGAAGCUUUCCGAAUCGCCAUCGUCUCCCGCUGAAAUCCCUCAAAAGUCCUUGGGAUGAUUUCCAAAAGCUGCGAUUUAAACCGUACAGAUAAUGCUGGUGGUCAUACUGUGCGUGCUGUGUAUUUAAAUACUAUUAUCCUUUUUUUGUUAAUAUUUUUCCCUGCAACAUGUCUGCUUGCACAGACCUGCGUGUGGGCUCUAAGAGUAGCGGUGCCAUUGGCGCAGAAGCAUAAUGCACAUUACAGCCACACGCCACAUGUUGUACCAUCGUCAUACCAAACAUCACAGCCACACAGCACACACACCACACACCAUCACAGCCACACACCACGUAUGACUGUUGCCUAACCCAAACCACACAGCCACACUCCCACACAUCACCGCCACACCACAACAACAGAAAUAUAUUUUAAAAUAUCCUCCUGUUUCCACCCAUCCCCUCAUCCACCACCGAACAGGAUUCGUUUUGCCCUCCUGUCCUCUGGGUCGCAUUUUUGCUUUAUCUCGGCAGUCAUUCUACCCAUCGGCAAAUGCCGAGUGCUAAAAUGUUCCGCAUUCAUUUUCACAUUCAUAUUUCCUAAUCUAUCCUUGGCAUUCUUUAUGCAUGAACUAACAGUGCGAGUAAAUGCCAUGGAUCUGGCCAGGGAUGUAGUUUAAGUUCGGUAAAGCAGCAGGGCACUUAAUCAUGAGAUUGAGCUCAAAUCCAAGCCUGGGUUGGCUUAGACCCAUCAUCUACAUCACCCCCCCCCCACUACACUCCCCCUCUCCACGGGGCGAGUAAUUAACCAGCCCCACCUGGUGAGGCUGCCCCUAUUUCGCGGGAUGUCAACAGUGGUUGUUCUGUGGAGAGAAGAAGACUGGUCUUCACAAUACUCAGACCGGUCAUCGGAAUGUGGAAUUUCUAUCGGCGGCUCAGCACCCCCAAAGGAAAAAUAGCACCGCCCAAUGCUCAUUUGGAGACAUGCACAUUGCUAUUUUUCUCUAGUUAUCUCGAUGCCAUUUAAAAACAUUUUAAUGUUGUCAUUGCCAAUUUUAUAUUCACCCCCUACGUUCCGUUUGUCGGCGUGUUCAAAGCUCGCUGGACGGUCUUCCUUUUUUUCCUGGGAGGGGUGGGGGCAGAGAUGC